AAGGAAGUUGUUGCGCGCGCGUUGUGCGACGGCCGUCCAUCGAGAGAGUACGUCACGCACAACGAGUGUAACGUCGACGUCGCACCGCGCCGCGCCGCGCCGUCAGCGCGGUGUCUCUAGCAGACGACAUUGUUAGUAAAAAUAAAGUACUAUUGUAUAUAUACAUAUUUGAAGAGAUCGGGAGUGUGUGAAAAGAGGCAAAAAGCGCGUUCGUCAGCGUUCCUUUCGGCGGUGAACGUCCCGCCGUGACGUGACAAUUAAUUGGUCGUAGGCGGCGAAGAAUCCGCUUGCUUUUUAUGUCGCGCCUCACGUCGAUCCACGUCGAUCGCCAGCGAUGGUCGCCCGCGCCCGUCGACUCGUCGGCACCGCCAGUCAGCAACGAAAUUGCGAAAAAGUAUCCUAUGUGCCCGACGACCGUCUCAAUUGAUUUUCGUGACAUUAGUCGGUCGGCGAGUCGAAUCACGCUGGCAGAGUAACGAUCGCCAAGUCGAACGAGAAGAGUUAAGAGAAAGAGAGAGAGAGAGAGAAAAAGAGACGGAGAAGGAGAAAGAAAGAGCCAAGUUGCGAGUGAUCGAAGAAUCGCUUGAUAUGGAGGUUCGCCUCAGGACCGAAUAACAAGAAACCGUGCCAGCAACACUUUUCUCUCGCACGCAAUCAUGGCUGCCUAGCACAGGGCGCGUAUCGACCAAUUUUGUCAGUUCAGGCCUGCGAAUCAUACCGAGGAUUUGGCGUUGAGGAAUGUAGGCGACGAAAGCACGGAUCAAAAUAAUAAUAUAACUAUGACGAGCGAAGACCUGCUGCAGCCUGGCCAUGUGGUCAAAGAGCGUUGGAAAGUUGUGAGAAAAAUAGGUGGAGGUGGAUUUGGUGAAAUUUACGAAGGUCUUGAUUUAAUGACAAAGGAACAAGUUGCUCUUAAAGUCGAAUCUGCACGGCAGCCGAAACAAGUUUUAAAGAUGGAGGUAGCUGUAUUGAAAAAAUUACAGGGUAAAGACCAUGUUUGCCGUUUUAUUGGUUGUGGACGUAACGAUCGAUUUAAUUAUGUUGUAAUGCAGUUGCAAGGAAAGAAUUUAGCUGAAUUGCGCAGGGCGCAACCGCGAGGAGCUUUUUCACUUUCUACUACAUUACGUCUUGGUCUUCAAAUUUUGAAAGCUAUAGAAAGUAUUCAUCACGUGGGAUUUUUGCAUAGAGACAUUAAACCUUCAAAUUUUUCAAUUGGUCGCCAUCCUUACAACUCCAGACUAGUAUAUAUGUUAGAUUUUGGUCUAGCUCGACAAUUUACUACCAGUACCGGAGAGGUGCGACCGCCUCGUGCUGCCGCAGGAUUUAGAGGAACCGUCCGAUAUGCGUCAGUCAAUGCACACAAAAAUAAAGAGAUGGGCCGACAUGAUGAUUUGUGGUCACUAUUUUAUAUGCUAGUCGAAUUUGUUAAUGGACAAUUGCCUUGGCGAAAAAUAAAAGAUAAAGAACAAGUGGGUCUUAUGAAAGAGAAAUAUGAUCAUCGAUUACUUUUGAAACAUCUCCCAUCUGAUCUACGAGUUUUUUUAGAACACAUUCAGAAUUUGGAAUAUGCAGAUAAACCAGAUUAUAGUAUGUUAGCUAGUCUGUUUGAACGAUGUAUGAAACGUAGAGGUGUAAAACCAAAUGAUCCCUAUGAUUGGGAAAGGCCAUUAAUAGUUAAUGAAAGUUUAUCAACUACUAGAUCAUUACCUACAGUAGCUGUACCACCUCCUCUUACUUCAGCUACUACCCUCAAUCAACUUCCGACUACGACUGUAGAUACGAAUAAUCAAGAGAAUGUGGAACCGGACAACAGAAAAGAGUUAGAUGCACAAUUGGAUUACGAAGGUAUAUAUAGAAGAAACAGGCAACGUGGAAUAGAAGGUUCUCCAGUACCAUUUGCAGCAGCUAUCAGUAAUCAUGGUAGGGAUAAAAAUUGCAAUGCCACAAUACCAACGACGGAUAAUACGCAUCAACAAGUCGCACAACAGACUAUGCCACCUUUGCCAACCCAAGGAUCUCCCAAAAAACGACGUGCAGUUUCGAUGGCAGUAGAAUCUCAAGGUCCUACGCCAGUAGAAAAGCAGGUAGAUAACGAAGGAGACGCAUUGAUGGCUUCUGCACGUUCGGCAUCCGAGGUUCCCCGCCUUAAAACAGUAACGAAUGCGACAGCACCACUUAGAAAAUCAGCGAGCGGUGCUACAUUGCCCGCUACUCUCGCCCGUUUGCGCAUCGCUACACCCGAAGGAACGUCCGGUGAAUUACCGAGUCCUCGUAUACAGACGGAAGUUGACGCUUCCUAUUGCUCUUACGAUGUAACUAAUACUAAGUACGUUGGAAAUCAAAGUCCGGUAACUGAACAAAGAGAACCUCUCAGAAGAGAACCUAGAAGGAGAGCAGACAGCCGACAACAAGUAAGAAGCGGACGGUCAGCGGUACGUGAUUGUUCUAUUACGCAAUUUGCACAAAUAGACGACGACAAUGUAUCCGCCUUGCAACAAGUGACCAAAGGCGGUGGAGGAUUGACUCUAGCCUCACAAUGGAAGUCACAAUUUGACGAUUCUGAAGAGACUGAUAAUGAAUGGAAAGGGGAAAAUUUGCAGAGUCCCGAACACAAAGGGACAAAUGCCCCAUCCAUACCGCCACAAUCCACAGGUGUCGUCGAAGGCUCACAGCAAUUGGAUACAAAAUCUACUGCAGCUCAAUCAAAUGCCUCAAAUGUGUGUCAACAGCAGUCUUUAUUGCCCACAGCACUGUCUAAAAUAAGCGAAGAUUCUCCGAGACCAACGGUACCACAUAGAUGUUUAAAUAUCGCGGGUAUCGAAAAAUAUCCAGAACUGCAAGGGGCACUUCCGCGAGCUUGGAGCGUUCCGGUUUUAGCUCCACAUGUUCGAGCCUAUCUCGAAGCUCCAUUGGUUCAGCAAGCAGCAUUUGAUGAUUUACUGUAUGAAGUUGAUGUUAUGAGGAAUAUUGCCACUCGAUACGAUGAGCCGAAACAGAUCACAUCAGUCAGAAGAUCUAGUCUGCCAGCGGUAUCUUUUUCUCCUUUUGAUGCAACGGUUAACACUCCUAGAGAAGAAGAAGAGGAAGAAGCAGUAGCUGGUAGAUUGGAAAUCAGAGUGGUAGACGCAACUGGUGGUGCUACAAUUGUGCAAACUAGUGCUGACAGAGAACCAUUACAAAAAAAAUUAACGAACGGCACGGCAGGUAGCCCAGCUAGUCCUAAUCCAGGACCGGAAGAACCAUCGAUAUAUUACGACGCUACCGAGAAUCGACCGACUGCGAAUGCGAGUUUGCAAAAGGAAUCGAUUAAUAUCACUACUGCCUCGACUACUGUACAAAACGCAGUACCGCUUCGUGAUAAUAAGGACAAUAAAGAGAAGGAAACAUCUAGUAGGACAUACAUUGCUCAUAGUAAAAUACCGGUUCCUGUUAAAAGUCCAAGGUGUUCGUUAUCCGAAUCGACGCCCGAAACUAACACUCCGAAUACCAAGGCGGGAACUGGAAGUGAUAUAGAAAAACUACCCGUACUCGCGACGGCAACUAAGGAAAAAGAAAAUACUGUCAGAGGUAAACCAUUGACAGCACAUAUGGAAGCGCCAGCACAAUGCCGUCGCAUAGCAUUAUCUGACGCUAGACCAAUCAUGUCACCUUUAACUUCAGCCAGCUGUGCCGAAGACGAAAAUUUAACUGGAUGUACACCCGCUUUGCGCCGCCGAAGACAAAGUGACAAGUAUGUGACAGACGCUAGUCAGUUGAAUCUGCAGUUCCAAAGACCGCAACACAGAACGAGACCGCAAUCUGAAGUAUUAAGACUUUCUCCCAGGGGAGUACCUUCGCAUCUUUUACGGGAGCCUGGUAAAAAAUCCGAAGAGAGCAGUGAAAGUGACUCUAAUAGCAGUGGACCGCCAAAAUCUUCUUCUCGUCAACCACCACCACCACCUACAUCGUUGCCACCUCAUAUAGCAGAAAACAAUGCUAGAUGCCGUCGUUAUUGGCCCAUACCAGAUGCAACGGUUGCCAGCAGAGAAUCGUGAGAUUUGAUAUUCAAACUGACAAAUAGUCUGUUUAUGUUAGGAUUGAGAAGGCUUUUACUGCUCAACCAUCUAAGAAUGUGAUAUCAUUUGGGGCACCCGCAAUACGAAAUUUUUCUGAUAAAUACAUCGUCGAAUACAUGGAAAUUUUAGUAAAAAUGCAUAUCUAUAUAUCUACAAAGAUACAGAACAUACCUAUUCAUUUAGUGUGCGAAAAUGUAAUUGUCUGUGAAUGCGUAUUCAAAUAGCCGCUUUAAUUAACUGCUGAAUUUUGUGAGUGAAUUCCUCAAAAAAAAAAAAAAAUCUUUUUAAUUAUUUUUGGGGCAUAAGCUCAACAAGUUUCAGUAAAUUAAAUAAAAGUGUACGUGAGAGUGCGUGCUUUCAGUGUGCAAGCAGUACAAUAAUUUGGUGAUUCGAGAUAGUCGCUUUUUUUUUUAAGAUUAUAUAUUUUUUUCUUUAUUUAUAACACAUUUACAGUAUGAAUAUGUCC